AUGAUGAAUGAUGCAGACAAGAAUAAAAAAGAAGGUGAAAUUGGAGUAAAAGAGAAAGAUGGAAAGAGGAAUGAAAAUGAGAAUGAUGAAGAGGAAAAAGAUGAUCAUGAUGAGGAAACAAAUAAUCAUGAGGUGACUAUUCAACAAACUGAAAAUGAAAAUUUGUUGGAUAAUGUUGUUCACAACAUUGUGGACAAUGUCCUUGGAAUUGGAAUUUCAAGUUUAAAUAGUCAAGAAGACGAAAUCUGGAAUCACCCUGAAAUGAAAACUAUUUUCGAUAAUAUUGAUAUAGGCAAGGAAAAAUCUGAAGAUAGAAAUGAAGGAGGAACAGAAGCUAAGAACACGAAAGAUGGAGGUGAAGAAAAACAUAUAGAAACUGAGAAACGAAAUGCAAAAGAUAAAGUUCUUUAUCUUUCAGGAAAGAAAAAGUCAAAAAAUGACAACAAGAAAGGAGAAAAAACUGACAAGACAAAAGGAAAUAAAGGAGAUACUCAUCCAAACUUUAGUCUAGGUCUCAGUCAAGAUUUAGAUCAAACUUCAAGUAAAAAAUCUAAUGAAUCUUCACCAAAAAAAACCACUUACAAAGAAACAAAUCAAAGACAACCAUCAGAAGGACUAUCAAAGCAUGAUCUGGAUCAACCAAGAGAGAAGAAGCUUGCUGAUGCUUUCAAAUCACCUUUCAAAUGCAAAAAAAAAAAAAUAGACACAAAACCCAAACUGACACAUCAGGAGAGUAUUACUACUUAUCUAACUUCAACAUUGUCUGAUGAAAGAAAGUAUGAAAAAUUCAAGAAGAACUUUCAUGAGAGUACCAAUGGGUACAAAAAGAUCUUGAACAUAAAAGAUAUUGACAUGAAACCGUCAAUUGAAAUUCUAGACAAUAGUGCAGUUGAGGGGGAUUAUGAAGGAAAAUAUGGAGUAAUAUUGAAACCUUUGAAAAUUUUCUUUGUGAGAUACUUUAAAGAAAUAAACCAACCAAGAGAAAAUGCAAUCUCAAAAGAAAGUAUCAAACCCCAACGAUUUGAAAUGUCAUGGAGAACAGUUAAAAACAAAGUUGAUUGUGGGGUCUUUGCAAUGAGACAUAUAGAGACCUAUAUGGGACAACCACUCUCAAAGUGGAAACCAGUUUUUCAUAAAGAAAGUUCAGUUCAACAAACUACUUUAGAGAAGCUCAGGCAAAGAUAUGCACACAUAAUGUUAACUUCUGAAAUUAACAUGUUGAAGGCUAAGGUGUUGGAUCUUGCUGAAAAAUAUCAAAAAGUUGAAUUCAAAGUGCGUACUGAUCAUGCAUACAAGGCUAUGCAAACAAUUCAAAAAAGGUUAAAAGAAUAA